CUUUUGUGAUCUAUAAUAGUUAUUUAUAUAAACUAAUGAACCCUCCUCCUAAUGUUACCAUGGUAACCGCUGGCACUGCAGACGGAUUUCUAGCGUACACACGUUCUACUACGUUGAUUCUUACUGUGAAAAUCUACGUUACUUCCGGUUUAGCGGCUACGCUUCGUGUUUUUUUUUGUUUUAGAGCCAAAACCACAAAAGGGAUUAACGGAGAUAAAAGUUGUCAGUCUGUCUCGGUUUUUGGUUCCAAACGAUUAAACGAUUCAAACAAAUGUGUUUUGAAUGGAAUUUAAACAUUUCAAGUUUUCCAUAAUUCAAAGCUGAGCUGUUUUAUUCAACAGUCCAAAACGCAGCGUUUGAGAGUUUCCUAUUUUAUUCUAAUCAUUAGUCUUUACUUCACUUCCUUGUAUCAGGGAGUGAAUCAUUAAACCGGAUGUUACGUAGCAACCUGCAGGUGUUACUGUGGCGAAGUCUCCUCCUCACUGAGCACUGCGCGGUGCACAGCCCAUCAGACAGAAUGUCCAAUUCAUCCGAGCCCCUCGUCUCCAAAGAGACCCAGGACGCUCCUCGCUAUGUGUCCUCACCUCCACCACCAGCUCCACCACCAGCUCCAUCAUCAGCAGCUCCACCAGCAGCUCCAUCACCAGCUCCAUCAUCAGCAGCUCCACCAGCAGCUCCAUCAGCAGCUCCAUCGCUGGUCUCCUUCAAAGGACCUCCAUCUCCACCCUACCCUGCAGCCUCGUCCAAAACCAAGAUGACCUGCAUCCAUCAGCCUGCUGCCGGGUACGGCUCCCUCCUGGACUUCCACACCGAGGCCUCGACGGACACAACUCUGCUGAUGGACUCGUCUUCUUCUGAUGACCACAAAGCGAGGAGAGCGUUCGCCAAAAAGGUGUUCUGGAUCCUGACCCUCCAGCUGCUGUUCUCCUUCGGCGUCUUGUGUGCGUCCUUCUUUGUAGUGAAGGACGCACACAACAAGUGGCUCUACGUCGGCUCCCUGCUCACCUUCUGCGGCUUCACCGCCGCCCUCAGCAUCUGCAAGUCCUUCAGCCAACGUCACCCCUGGAACGUCGUGGGAUGGGUUGUGGUCACUGUGAGCUUGUCACACAUGGUGGGAACCAUCGGCUCCUUCCACGCCUUCAACCACGUCUUCAUCACUGUGGGAGUCCUGAUGGUCAUUGCUGUCGCCAUCGUUGCCUUCUCUGCACAGACUGGUUAUCACGAUGUUUGGGACACUCUUCUGCUGACUCUGACCGUGGACGUGGUCACGUUUGCAUUCCUUCACGUUCUACUCCCUCUUCACCAUUGACCUGGAGAUGCAACGGUUUACCAGCAAUGAUGCUAUAUUCUAUAAUAAUAAUCAACAAUCUUCAUCUUUUAGCUGGGGAGGAGGUUAAACUAAAGUACUUUCACACAGAGGGGGGCCGACACGUAACAUUUAAAGUGUCUUUAUUAUGUCUGUAUUGUUACGCCUCGGUCUAGAGGUGCCUAGGACCCAACAUGAAUAGGCCUCAUCUUCCCCGUCUCUCAAGUAGCCACAAACAAUUUGAUUUAAAUAGUAGACUUAUUUAUUUCAAUAAACAAAUAAAUAAGUUAAACAAUCAUAUUCAUACAAGUAACUAAUACAUGGCUUCACGGUGGCCUAUAAGCAAUAAAACAAACAGACAAAACGAUCCUGGCUAGAGAUAAGAAGCUGACCUACCAAGCAAAAGACAAAGAAUGUCAACAGCCUUAAAUACCUAUCUACUAAAAAAACAGGAGGAAACAACCUCGAAGGAAUGACGAACAAAUAUUCACAACACAAACACGUGGCCGGUUGUGAGACGAGGACCGAGUGAUGCUCCCCCUGCUCUUCCAAUGGACGCCAUCUUGGCUUCUUUUAUAACCGGGUGUUCCCCAGCUGCAACCAAUCACGGUACGGAGAGGACCCCUUCCACCAAUCCACACACGGCUAUGGCACACCCCUAUUUGCAUGAAGGAAAUGAAACGCAAGAAAGAAGCAAAGGAAAAACACAGGGCACACACAGCCCACUACGGUACACAUAUGACCACGUAACAGUAUACACUGCAACUCCUGUAUUGACUGAAAUAUUAUUUCUGCUGGGUUUUUGUUCUCUUUUUAAAUAAUUUCUUGUACAGUUCAUUAAAAAAAUGUUUUUUCUGUA